AUGGAAUUCAGGCCCAAUGACAGCUCUAUCACGAGCGAGACGGCUCCUCUUAUCGAGCCCGUCGGAUCCGAGAGCGACACCGACCUGUUCAUGGUUCCCCUGAAGCGGCCUUCUAGAAGGAAUGCGCCAUCUCGAUACAGGAACGUGAAGCUUAGAUCUCCUCCCAGAUCUCCUCUUAGGUCUCCGCCGCCGGUUCCACGAGCCCGGUCGCCGAAUAAAACCAAUCCGUUCCGGAGCCCCGGCGUGUCUGGGACCGCCACGAAAACCCAAACUCCUCCCAUGUAUGCAUCGCCUCUGAUGUCCCCGGAAUCCAGUUCCGUGCAGCAUCGUCCAAACAGCAAUGCAUCCCCAAAUCCGCAGGGCUCGGCAGUGAAUCAUACCAUGGCCAAUCCGGGGUCUCUGGCUUACCAGAGCCCGGCGAUGUCGGGCAGAGCUACCAAGGCCGGCUCCUCCGCCGUCAUCAUGUCUCCGGAGACGGGCACAGGCUCAAGCAGGCACAGCCCGCAACCGGACUCGCGCGCCGAUUUCUCAACCUGCAAGGACAGCCCAUCCACCAAGGCGUCCUCGGUCUACGACACCCCGCAAAUCAUCACACCCGACGGGCAUAAGGCAGACUCGGAGGAGGCCAAGCUCAACCAGCAACAACCACCCGAAAUCCCGCCCCUCUCCGCCGCGCGCACCCUCCGCAACAACCACAACAACAACGACCUCUCCCAAUUCCAAUCCCGCGCCCAAAAGCAGGUCGAGAACCUAGGCCUCGCCCUCCAACUCCAAACCAUCGAACCCUCCCUCCUAAGCGUGCCCCAGGCACAACCCAGCGCGAAAUGGACGGUCCCGGACUCGCCCAGGGAACGGCUGUCGCAGCUGCGGGCGACGCCCGACUCGGCGUACGACCGCGCGCGCCAGAUGGAGGUGCGCCGCAGCGAGUGGAAGCGCGCCGUCUAUAGGUUUCCGGUCAAGGGGAAAUCGCACUGGAUUAUUGAUGUCGAUUUGACCGAGAGCUCGCAUGCCCGGCUGGCGGAUGUCGCGAGAAGGAGCUCGGAGGGGUUUGAGUGGAAUGGGGAUUAUGAGCUGGCUAAUAUUUAUAAUGUCCUUGCGGUGGCGCAUGCGAAGUUGGUGGAGGAGAUGAGGGAUGAGAGGAGGUUGAUGGCUCAUAAGAGGUGA